GUGAUUUCUGGUGAUUUUCAACUUGAUAAGUUGAGACUGUCAUAUGUCACCUGUUGGUAACACUGCUCGAAUACGAAACUUUCAUUUUUUUAUUGACAUUGACGUUUCAUUUUAUUCUUUUGAUUCAGUAUGUUUUUGUUUUAUUUUAAUACGUGGUUAAGUUUAAUAAUUUGAACAUUUUUUAUGAGUUAACAAGCUUUUUUUGCUUCACAUUUUAAUGUGCAAUAUUUUAAUUUUAUCGUUUUAUCAUGACGUCCAAACACUUCUGUUUGAAAUGGACCAGAUUCCAGUCAAAUAUUUUGAGCGCAUUCGAAAGUCUGCAAAAUACAGAAGAUUUGGCAGAUGUUACUUUAACAUGUGAGGGAAUUAAUAUCAAAGCCCACAAGUUCAUUUUAUCUGCGUGCAGUCCGUAUUUCCGGACCAUAUUUAAGGAAAACCCCUGUCCGCACCCAAUAGUUAUUCUUAAAGAUGUAGCUCAUGUGGAUUUGAUGGCAAUCAUAAAUUUUAUGUACCAAGGAGAAGUAACUGUAUCUGAGGAACAAUUAUCAUCGUUUUUUAACACUGCAAUGAUACUACAAGUUCUUGGUUUAAUGAAUAAUGAUAAUCCCCAAAAGAAGCAACAGUUUCCAACAAAAAAACCCAAAACUUCUUUAGACACUCAAGAUUCUCCUCAAAAAAAGGCUAAACUUUCACCUCCCAAGUUGAAAAAAGUAGUCCCUUUAAUAAGCAGUGUUGAAGAUGAUACAGCUGAUAAAAACUCAACAUCCCCAGCUCAUUUUGAGGUCGUAGAAUUGGACAAAAUAAAAACUGAGGAUGAAUUGGGAAAUAGUACAGAAGCAGACUAUGAUAUCAGUGAAAAUGUUGAGGUUCUUGUUGGAGACAAAAAUGAGCAGAGUUCAAUACUGGAGGCUGCACUUGAAGUACGUGAAAAACCAAGCAGUAUUUUGGAGAGAUCAUUAACAACCCAAGCAGGAAAAUCACCUUCGUCCCACGUCUUUCACAGUGAAAAAAACGUUCUACCGGAAGUUCCGAAGACCGUUUAUAUUCUACGUAAACCACCUGAGACAGAUCUAGAAAAAUAUUGUUCAAAAUCAGAGUCUACAAACCCUGCUAACUUUGAGUUCCCCUCAGAAUUUUUGCAGCAACGCAUAAAGACUGAAGACCAUCCUGAAAAUUUUGAGGCUAUGUCACUGGAUGAAUUAAAAGAAGCAAACCUAAGGAAUAUGAAUCUAGAGGUGCAGCCUGCCCAUCAUAGUUCACAGUGUGGAAAUUGUCCUCACUGUGGUAAAGUUUACUCGAAUCAAUCUGCUCUUAAGUACCAUGUGAGACUGGUGCAUUCAGAUCUGACUAACAUGUAUUGCUGCCAUCUUUGUCCAGAGUCUUUUGAUUACAGGGAGGGAUACAAGAAGCAUAUGGCAGAUGUGCAUCUGAUCAGGAAUUAGAUUUUUUAUUUUGUUAUUCUUUUUUUGUAACUGUUUUUUAUGUUAUCAUAUAUUUAAUAUAAAUUGGUUU